CUCUCCUGUUCUAUUGCAGACGAGGAGACACUCUCCUAUUCUGCCCUAGACAGAGGUUUAGGGGUUGAAUCUAGUGAAAGGAACCCCUUCAAAACAGAAAAGAGCCCGAGAAAAGGGAAGGAGAUAUUACAACAAAGAUGUCGAGGUUCGUGUCGGCGGGGGCGAUUAAUGCCGAGACGGGGGAGGCUGUGGUUGAAGAUACGACUACCAUGGCGACGACGACGAAUGCCGGUGGUGCUGGAUCUGCGAGCAAGGCUGCUGAGGCGAAGAAGAGUGCUGAAUGGGAGAUUGUGCAGAGGGAGCUCGAUGCGGAGAGGAAAAGGAGGGAGGAGGCGCGGGUGAAGAGCGUUGAGGGCGGGGAAAAGAGUUUGUAUGAUGUUUUGCAGGCUAACAAAGGUGAGUCUUUUUUACCCCUCUCUCUUCUCUUCAACUCCUUUAUCUUUACUUGACCCCUUUUCUAUGGCGAUCAGAAAUGCAAAAGAGGAAGUUUAAGGGGA